AUGCAGCCAUGUUGACUGCUGCUACGUAAGCACUUAGGCGUAAGUUCGCUGGGAAGUGUAUGGGCCCCUUCGCUGUCAGUGAAAGCGGUGUUGGAAAAAGUAAGAGCCUAGUUCCCAGAGGGUGCCAUGGCUACCUUCCAGGAGUUCAUCCAGCAGAAUGAGGACCGGGAUGGUGUGCGCUUCAGCUGGAACGUCUGGCCCUCUAGCCGCCUUGAGGCCACCCGCAUGGUGGUCCCUGUUGCUUCUCUCUUCACACCUCUGAAGGAACGGCCGGACCUCCCCCCCAUUCAGUAUGAGCCAGUGCUCUGUAGUCGUGCCACCUGUCGCGCUGUGCUCAACCCCUUGUGUCAAGUGGAUUAUAGAGCCAAAUUGUGGGCUUGCAACUUCUGUUACCAAAGAAACCAGUUUCCCCCAACCUAUGCUGGAAUCUCAGAAGUGAACCAACCAGCUGAGCUCCUUCCCCAGUUCUCAACUAUUGAAUAUGUUGUUCAGAGAGGUCCCCAAAUGCCCCUGAACUUCCUGUAUGUGGUGGACACGUGCAUGGAGGAUGAGGACCUGCAGGCCUUGAAGGAGUCUUUGCAGAUGUCUCUGAGUCUGCUGCCCCCCACUGCCCUGGUCGGCCUCAUCACCUUCGGACGCAUGAUCCAGGUGCACGAGCUGGGAUGCGAGGGUAUCUCCAAGAGCUACGUCUUCAGAGGCACCAAAGAUCUCAAUGCCAAGCAGCUACAGGAGAUGCUCGGGUUGAGCAAGCCAGCAGCACAGCAGGCAGGAAGAGGACCCCAAGGCCCACAGGUUCCUCUGUCUAACAGGUUCUUGCAGCCAGUCCAGAAGGUCGACAUGAACUUGACUGACCUCCUCGGGGAGCUGCAGAGGGAUCCCUGGCCUGUGACUCAGGGCAAGAGGCCGCUGCGCUCCCUGGGCGUAGCGCUGUCCAUUGCUGUGGGCCUGCUAGAGUGUACUUUCCCCAACACUGGCGCACGCAUCAUGACCUUCAUUGGUGGGCCAGCCACCCAGGGCCCUGGCAUGGUGGUGGGCGACGAACUGAAGACACCCAUCCGCUCCUGGCACGACAUUGAGAAGGACAACGCCAAGUUCAUGAAGAAGGCCACAAAACAUUACGAGGCGCUGGCUAACCGAGCAGCGGCCAACGGGCACAUCGUCGACAUCUACGCCUGUGCCCUGGACCAGACGGGACUUGCCGAGAUGAAGUGUUGCCCCAAUUACACAGGUGGUUACAUGGUGAUGGCAGAUUCCUUCAACACGUCACUUUUCAAGCAGACUUUCCAGAGAGUCUUUACAAAAGAUGUGCAAGGAUCCUUCAAGAUGGCCUUCGCUAGCACUUUAGAAAUUAAGACUUCGAGAGAGGUCAAGAUUUCAGGAGCGAUUGGCCCAUGUGUUUCCCUCAAUGCCAAAGGGCCGUGUGUGUCUGAAAAUGAGAUUGGCACUGGUGGCACAUGCCAGUGGAAGAUCUGUGGCUUGGAUCCCACCACCACUCUGGCCAUCUACUUCGAAGUGGUCAAUCAGCACAACGCACCAAUCCCUCAGGGCGGCCGGGGGGCAGUCCAGUUCGUCACGCAGUACCAACACUCCAGCGGCCAGAGACGCAUCCGAGUUUCCACCAUCGCCAGGAACUGGGCCGAUGCACAGACUCAGAUCCAGAGCAUUGCAGCCUCAUUUGACCAGGAGGCAGCGGCCAUCCUGAUGGCGCGUCUGGCUGUGUACCGGGCCGAGUCGGAGGAGGGACCGGACGUCUUACGCUGGCUGGACCGACAGCUCAUCCGCCUGUGCCAGAAGUUUGGAGAUUACCACAAGGAUGACCCAAACUCAUUCCGCUUCUCUGAGACCUUCUCCCUCUAUCCACAGUUCAUGUUCCAUCUGCGGAGGUCUCCAUUCCUGCAAGUCUUCAACAACAGCCCAGACGAAAGUUCCUACUACAGGCACCAGUUCAUGAGACAGGACCUUACUCAGUCACUUAUCAUGAUUCAGCCCAUCCUGUAUGCGUACUCCUUCAGUGGACCUCCGGAGCCUGUGUUGCUGGACAGUAGCAGCAUCCUGCCUGACCGGAUCCUGCUCAUGGACACCUUCUUCCAGAUUCUCAUCUACCACGGAGAGACGGUGGCUCAGUGGAGGAAGGCUGGCUACCAGGAGAUGCCCGAGUACGAGAACUUCCGGCACCUUCUGCAGGCCCCUGUGGAUGACGCCCAGGAGAUCCUGCACAGCCGCUUCCCCAUGCCCCGCUACAUCGACACGGAGCACGGAGGCAGCCAGGCUCGUUUCCUGCUCUCCAAAGUCAAUCCAUCUCAGACCCACAACAACAUGUAUGCCUGGGGCCAGGAGUCUGGAGCACCCAUCCUGACGGACGAUGUGAGCCUGCAAGUGUUCAUGGACCACCUGAAGAAAUUGGCCGUCUCCAGCGCAGCUUAAGGGGUUGGGGUUGAUGAUGGGUAGUCGGGGGGGUUUGCUGCUUAUUCAGCUCGCCACCCAACACGCUAAGAGACCCUCAUUCACCCCAGCCCACCCCCCUCAGCCCUGCCAAUAUGAACAGCCUCCAUCCCAAAGGCCUGUGAGGUACAGGAACUAUCAGUCUUGAGGAGACUCUUGUCUGCUCCCAGAGAUUACCAUAUUUUACCAUUUGC